AAUUAAUCUAAAAUCCUUUCAAUUAACUUUUGAAUUGGACGAUAUGUUUGUGAUCAUAUUUAUUCUAUCGUUUGGAGCUGAGUUUCAAAUUGGAGCAACAUCUUCUGAGUGUUCUGGACCGAGGGGUUGUUGCAGAGGAUAUCGUUAUGAUUCCAAACUGGAGGAAUGUAUAAAAUGUAAAAUCGGGUACGGUGGUCCAGAUUGUAUGUAUCCAUGUCCCUAUCCUGGGUAUGGAUUUGGGUGCCAGGAGAAUUGCGAGUGCACGAAAGGCUUUUGUAACGUGACAACAGGUUGUCCAUGGGACUGUGAUAUCAUCCCAAACUGUUCAUCUGUUUAUGCUGGUACCCAUUUCGUUUGGAUUCUGGGCAGGCCAUCAUGCUGCAACCUUCCAUCCACGGGGAAGUAAUCGUAAUUUUUUUACCAGCCACAAUCAGUUGAUUAAUUCGCUGCUGUAUGCACUUGGACGAGACUGGACAACGCAGCUUUUGAUUAUUUACUCUAAUAUUCUACAUCCAAAUUUUUAUUGAUACACCUUUAAAGGAACGAUUUUCACUACACAAGAUUUUACAGUCGCUAUACCCAUUCACAAAAUACAGUGCACCUUGUACAGCCUUUCCUUUUUAAGACUUCAAUUCUUUUCAUCAAUGUUAUAUAGGUUUUAUAUGCUUUGAGUCUAUCCCACCGCAGGUGCAAAGAUUAACAAAAGUGACGACUGAAAGUUAACAUGUCCACAAGUAACAGCUUUUCAAAAAGCUUGAUUGACUUAAUCAAUCAAUAUCUAUAAGAGAAGUGAUAAACCUUUUGAGCAAUGCUUUUUUGUGUUUGAAAUAUGUCUUUUUAUUUGAGAACCUUGUAAAAAUAUUUAAUUAUUUAACUUGUAUAAGAACGAUGCCUUUGCUGCAUUCUGAUUUCUGAAGAAUUGUUAACAGAAUGGUUAAUGUAUGUGGGUUUUCUGCCAAUCGCAACUCCUCGG